AUGACAAAAGGAAAGAGAAAUAGCGAUGAUGAAGAUUUAGAUGAACAGUUAUUGUCGGUCACCGAGAAGAGACCAAACAAGAAAACAAAGUCUGACACACCGACUCGAGGUAAAUCAACCUCAUCAAGAGGAAAAUCAACGAGAGGAAAGAAAGACUUUGAACAACAAUCAGAUGAAGAGGUAUUUGACGAUGGUUACGAUGAGGAUAUGUACGAAAAUGAAGAAGACAGAAUAAAACUAUCAAAGUUAUCGCAAUUCGAGAGAGAAGAUAUCAUUGCUGAAAGAUAUGAAAAGAGAAGAGAACUAAAAGAAAGAUGGGAUCAACAACAAAAGUUAAAACAAAUUGAAAAGAGUAAAGGUGGAAGUAGCAGUAGUAAAAAUAAAGUAGAACAAGAAAAAGAAAAAGAAAGAGAAAAGGAGAAGGAAAAAGAGAGAGAAAGAGAAAGAGAGAAAGAAUCAAGAGAGAAAGAGUCAAGAGAGAAAGAAUCGUCGUCUACACGCGAGAAAGAUAGGGGCGAUGACAGAGUGGGAGGCAGCAGCAGAAGACAAUCGGAAAAAGAGAUAUCGAAAGACAGUAAAUCGAGUAAAGCUCUCAAAGAUAUGAUACAGAAGCGUGAGAAGAAAGACCAAAAGAAGUUCGAAAUGGAACACGACUAUAUUCGCGAGAAGGAAGCAGAGAUGGAGCGUGAAUCGCGCAUCAAGCGAAAGAUCGAGAAAAAAACACGUGCCUCUGCUGUGGUCGUCGGUGAGCACAACAAGGUGCAGACGGCAUCGCCAUCGUCAGCGAUGCUUUCGCCCUCACAAAACAACAACGGUGAAUCAGAGAAUAAACACAAGAAGGAGAAAGAAGUCGAGAAAACUCUCAGAGAAAUACAUCUCAGCAUUGAGUUGGACAUUCAGAUUCCCGACAACGUCAGUAAAGUCGCCAACGCAUUGCCAAUGAGAAAGAAACGACCAAUCAAAUCUUUAAAUGGCGACACAAACAACGAUGCCAACAAAAAUAGUAUGACCGUCGAAGAUCAAUCAAGUAAAUCAAAGAAAGUCUUAGAACAAAGUGAAUUACUAUCCAAUUUUUAA